GGUGGCCCAGCAGGGUGCGGGGAGGACGGGCAACAGGGAGCAGCCUGCACGGUGUGGCGGAACUACAAGCAGCCUGGAGCGGAGCUGCGCCCUAGAAGACGAUCAUAGUCUCGCCCUCUUGCUGUAUUGACUAGGGAUCUGGUCAGAAGUAUUGGACACUUCUUUAAGAAGAAAGCUACCGCAUUGACGGGCAGCUCAGCAUAUCAAUCAACAUGUUCAACCUGAUGAAGAAGGAUAAAGAGAGGGAAUCAGGAAGAAAGGACAAAAAAGACAAGAAGGAGAGGAUGUCUGCAGCAGAACUGCGAAGCCUUGAGGAAAUGAGCAUGCGGCGUGGUUUCUUCAACCUGAAGAGAGAGUCCAAGCGGGAGUCCAAGAACAAAGUAGAGAUAUCCAACCCAAUUCCAAUCAAAGUUGCCAGCAGCUCGGACCUCACGCUUACCGACAUUGAAUCAGAUGGCAUAAGCAAUAGAAGUGCUAUAAUUCUGGAUGAGCAGCUGUGUGCUGCCAGCUCCAUUGAUGACCUGAAGGGUGAUGGAGGAGGACAGGAUGGACAUCGCAACUCAGUUCGAGAUCGCGUCGCACACUUCGGCUCCGUGGCAAAGCAAAACUCAUCACAGGUGGGACAGAUGAUGAAGCGCUUUUCCUUUUCCCAGAAAAGCAAAGAAGAGAGCCCUUCAGAGGGCUCUACGCCAUCAGGCCAAAACUCUGCUGCUCCAUCCCCACAGGUGGAGAGCAAAGUCUUCAGCAUGCUGCGCAAACAUAGCCUCAACCAGCAGACCGCCAAGCCCGCCGUCAGACAGGUGUGCAUUCCUGAAGUUGUUCACAAGACCUUCCCUGCUCAGCUGCAGCUGCCAGCUGUUGUUGCACCAGUUGCACCUGAAACACGGGAGCUGGUGCUCCAACGUCGCCACACUGGGGAUUUUGGCUUUUCUUUGCGUCGCACCACCAUGUUAGACCGCAGCCCAGAUGGAGGAGUCUACAGGCGGGUGGUCCACUUUGCUGAACCAGGUGCAGGCACAAAAGACCUGAUACUCGGUCUGGUGCCAGGUGACAGACUGGUGGAGAUAAAUAGGUGCAACGUGGAGAACAAGACCCGUGAUGAGAUAGUUGAGAUGAUCCGCCAGUCAGGUGACACCGUGCGGCUGAAAGUGCAGCCCAUCCUGGAGCUCAGUGAGCUGAGCCACUGCUGGCUGAGGAACACUCAGGAACUUCGAAGGGAUGCCAGACAUGGAUCUGUGGAAGAGGAUUCUUUGGCUCUGCUUCCGGCAUCUCAUGCUGCUGCUAAACAGUCCCAGGUAAAGACAGAAGAGCAGAUAGCAACUGAGCAGGCUUGGUAUGGUUCAGAGAAAGUUUGGCUGGUCCACAAGGAGGGCUUCUCCCUGGCUACGGUGUUGAAGACAGAGCCUGGUUCCCUCCCAGAAGGAAAAGUGACAAUCAAACUGGAAAGUAAUGACACAAUACUUGUUGUGGAUGAGGACGAUAUUGAAAAGGCCAACCCUCCAUCGUACGAUCGCUCUCAAGAUCUGGCUUCUCUGCUCUACCUAAAUGAAUCCAGUGUGAUCCACUGCUUGAGGCAGCGCUAUGGAGGAAACCUUAUCCACUCCUAUGCUGGAUCCAACAUGGUGAUCAUAAACCCCCUCAGUACUCCCUCCAUGUAUUCAGAGAAGGUGAUGCUCAUGUUUAAAGGCUGUCGUCGCGAGGACUCAGCUCCUCACAUCUACUCUGUGGCCCAGUCAGCCUACCGUAAUCUUCUCACCACAAGGCAGGAUCAAUCCAUCGUGCUACUGGGAAAGUCCGGCAGUGGAAAAACCACCAACUGCCAGCACCUUGUCCAGUACUUGGCGUCUAUUGCUGGCAGCACCGGCAAAAUCUUCUCCGCGGAGAAGUGGCAAGCAGUCUACACCAUCCUUGAGGCUUUUGGCAACACUUCUACCUCCAUGAACACCAACGCCAGCCGUUUCUCACACAUAGUGUCGCUUGACUUUGACCAAGCAGGGCAGGUGGCUUCUGCCUCCAUUCAGACAAUGCUUUUGGAGAAAAUGAGGGUGAGCAGACGACCAGAAAAUGAGUCAACCUUCAACAUUUUUUACUACAUGAUGGAUGGGGCUGACAACACCCUGAGAACUGAGCUGCACUUUAACCACCUCGCUGAGGACAACACAUUUGGCAUCAUUCCACAUUCUAAGCCUGAGGACAAGCAGCGAGCAUCACAACAGUUCACUAAACUGCAGGCAGCCAUGAAGGUGCUGGGCAUCUCUGUAGAUGAACAGAAGGCUCUCUGGCUCAUUCUAGGCGCCAUUUGCCACUUGGGUGCUGCUGGAGCAACUCAAGCUGGACGCAGGCAGUUUGCCCGCCACGAAUGGGCUCAGAAGGCGGCCUACCUCCUGGGCUGCACCUUAGAGGAGCUGACAUCGACUAUAUUCAAGCACCCUCCCAAAGGCUUGCAGCACUCCACCUCCUUCAGAGGAGGACCAGAUGAAACUAGCCAAGGUGACAACUCAGGUUGUAAGGUCACAGCUAUGGAGUGUUUGGAGGCCAUGGCAUCGGGACUCUACUCAGAGCUCUUCACUCUCAUCGUCUCCCUUAUCAACAGAGCACUGAAGUCAAGUCAACACUCUUUGUGUUCCCUGCUAAUUGUGGAUACUCCAGGCUUCCAGAACCCACAUCUUGCACAGCAGCAGCGGGGAGCUACAUUUGAGGAGCUUUGCCAUAACUACACCCAGGAGAGGUUGCAGACCCUCUUCCAUGAACGAACCUUUUUCCAGGAGCUGGAAAAAUACAAGGAGGAAAACAUAGAACUUGCUUUAGAUGACAUAGAGUCCACUCCUUCAGUGUCUGUAGCAGCUAUCGACCAAACCUCGCCUCAAGCUCUGGUGCGCACUCUGGCAAGAACAGAUGAAGCUCGGGGUCUCCUGUGGCUGAUGGAAGAGGAGGCAGCUCAUCCUGCAGGCUCAGAGGAGAGCAUGUUGGAGAGGCUCUUCAGCUACUAUGGAUCUGGACAGGGAGACCACAAAGGAGCAAAUCUGCUGCUGCGAGGACGGAAACCCGACAUGUUCCUGCUGGGUCACAGCAACGGCACGGACUGGGUCGAGUACAACACCCAGGGCUGGCUGAGCCAUGCCAAGCAGAACCCUGCCGCCCAGAACGCUGCCACCCUGCUGCAGGACUCCCACAAGAAGAACAUCAAUGGUCUGUUCAUGGGCCGAGCCAGCGGAGCCACCGUGUUGUCAGGGUCCAUCGCUGGUCUGGAGGGCCGCUCUCAGCUGGCCCUGCGACGAGCCACCAGCAUGAGGAAGACCUUCACCACGGGUGUGGCUGCUGUCAAGAAGAAGAGCUUGUGUAUUCAGGUCAAACUCCAGGUGAUUCGAAAGCAGCUCCGUGACAUGGAGGCGAAAGUGAAAGACCAAGAAGAGGAACUCGACGAGCAAGCUGGAACCAUCCAGAUGUUGGAACAGGCUAAGCUACGUCUGGAGAUGGAGAUGGAACGUUUGCGCCAAACACAUUCCAAAGAUAUUGAGGGCAAAGAUGAUGAGGUUGAUGAAAUAAGACAGUCGUACAGCAAGAAGUUGAAGCAAAUGGAGGUCCAGCUUGAGGAAGAAUAUGAGGAGAAGCAGAAGGUCCUAAAAGAGAAAAGAGAGCUGGAGUCCAAGUUCCUGUCAGCCCAGGACAAGGUGAGAAGUGGAGACCUUGAGACUGAGAAGCGUCUGAGGAAAGACCUGAAGAGGACCAAGACUCUGCUGGCUGACGCUCAGAUGAUGUUAGAGCACAUGAAGAACAAUGCACCCAGCAAGAGGGAGACCACACAGCUCAAGAACCAGCUGGAGGAGUCUGAGUUCACGUGUGCUGCUGCAGUUAAAGCCCGCAAGUCCAUGGAGGUGGAGAUUGAAGACUUGCAUCUUCAGAUGGAGGACAUCUCUAAAUCCAAACAGGCGCUGGAGGAGCAGAUGAGUCGUGUGCAAAGGGAGAAGAAUGACCUGCAGACACGGAUGGAGGAAGACCAGGAGGACCUGAAUGAGUUGAUGAAGAAACACAAAGCUGCUCUAGCUCAGUCCGCACAGAACCUGGCUCAGAUCAGUGACCUACAAGGCCAGUUGGAGGAGGCCCUCAGGGACAAGGUGGAUGCUCAGGAGAAGAUGCAAGCCCUCCAGAGUCAGCUGGACUUCCAGGAGCAGUCCAUGGUGGAGAAAUCCCUUGUGAGCCGACAGGAGGCCAAAAUCCGUGAACUGGAAACUAAGCUGGACUUUGAGAAGACCCAGGUCAAACGUCUGGAGACCCUUGUAGCGCGUCUGAAGGAGAACUUGGAAAAAAUGACGGAAGAACGAGACCAAUGCAGCAGCAGCGAGAUGCGCGAUAAAGAAGCGGGCAAACGAUUGCAGCGGCAGAUCCGCGACAUGAGAGAAGAGAUGAGUGAACUUGGCAAAAAGGAAGGAGAGGCCAGCCGCAAAAAGCACGAGCUGGAAAUGGACAUGGAAAGCUUGGAAGCUGCAAAUCAGAGCCUGCAGGCAGACCUAAAACUGGCCUUCAAGCGGAUUGGUGACCUCCAGGCUGCCAUUGAGGACGAAAUGGAGAGUGACGACAACGAAGAGCUUAUCAACAGUCAAGGGAAUUCAGACAGUGACUCUGAGGUGGAGGGUUGUGUGGAUGAGGUCAAACUCUGGUUGUCCAAAAGUAAAGAAUCUACCAAGAACUUUUCAGAUGACGGCAGCCUGAAGAGCUCUAGCAGCCCACAUGGCCGAGGACGAUACUUCUUCAGAUCUGAUGAGGAGGAAGACGAUGUGAGCGUGGAUCUUUCUGCUCUCCUCCACACAGAUGGAGGAUCCCACUGACGAUGUCAGACCUUAUCAAGCGGCUUCUUAGUGGAAGCACUUUCUGGAAGAAAUAUGGAGUCACUUGUUGUCUUGCAUGUAAAGUUGACUCACUUGUGUCAUUGCAGAUCUUCUCACUAUUUCUGUACUUUACAAUCUAAUGCUUUUGUUUGCUUUUUGAACAAAUGACUGGCUGCUUGGUGUCUUCAACACAACUGAGCUAGAGCAUUUGACAUGGAAAUGAUAGCAAGUUUUUGUUUAUUUCUUUUGCAUUUAUUCACUGUAUUAAUAUGCCAAAAAUCUAUUUUUGUGUGUGUGUGCACUGUUCUGCCAAUGAAUACUGGCAAAUUAUUGUUCUUCCUCAGACUUGAAUGGGACAAGUGCUUUUUGAUUCCAGUGGGCUUUUUCUUUCUUCACCUGCAUUUCUGCUGCACUCGGAAGACUCAUCUACAAUUGUUGCAUCACUUUUAAAAGUGAAAGGAAAUACAUCAUGAACAUCUCUAACUGCACUGAAGGCAACAAUCAUUGUAUUCCCUUUCUAGUUGUUUUUUGGUGUAGCCACUGAACAAAGAAAUAUAUCAGACUACUUUGAAAGCAUUCUUUCUAUUUCAGUCGCUCCAGUUCACGCACAUUCAAACUCACCCCUGAGAACGAUGCUCACACAUUGCAAUUCAGUCCAAUGCUGGCAAUUUGCAUGCACAUUUUGGCCAAUCAGAUUUGUCUCUGAGCAGCGAUCAAACGUGUGCAUCAUCAAAACCUGUUUUUUUGUGACAAAUAACAGCAACAUGUCACAUGAUAUCAACUCUUUAUUGUUGAAAUGUCAUCAUUGUCGUCCUCUCAGGUAGAUCAGACCUACUUCUGCUUCCUGCCUGCAGCGCUUCUGGCUGAUGUCCUGUUCAAACCUAGCAACUAGCGAUACCACAUUUUGAUGUUCUAAUAUCGUUUCUAAAAAUCUAAAUAUUGAUUCUUUUGAUACUUUGGUUACAUCAGAUAAUGUGUAACAUGAACAGGAACACAAUGUAAAGUCAUGAAAUCAUUCACAUCUUGUCGAAAUAAAAAGUGGUUGGUGG